GGCGCCAGGCCCUUCACCGCGGAAGGGGGGGUGCGGCGCAUGCGCAUAUCAAGGCGGCGGCGCGAGGGAGACCGUUGGGGAGGUAGGCGCCCCUCCCCCGCAAGACCGUCUCCGCUGAGGCGAAGGAAGGAGGCGCCGAAGCGGCCAUGAAGGCGGGAGCGACAUCCAUGUGGGCUUCCUGUUGUGGGUUGUUGAAUGAAGUCAUGGGGACAGGAGCUGUUCGUGGCCAACAACCUGGAUUUGGGGGUGGAGCAAAUCCCUUUAGAUUUGCACCCAGUACAGACUUCACCGUGUAUACCUCUUCAGCAGCAGGGGGAUCUAAUCUAGUCUGUAAAUCUUGUGGCCUCACAUUCUCUGUGUUCAGAAAAAGGCAUGUCUGUUGUGAGUGCAAGAAGGAUUUCUGCUCCAUGUGUUCAGUCUUGCAAGAGACCCUCCGAAGAUGCUCCACAUGUCAGUUGUUGCAGGAGACAGCAUUCCAGCGUCCGCAGCUAAUGCGUUUGAAAGUCAAAGAUUUGCGUCAGUACCUGAUACUUCGAAAUAUCCCUACAGAUACUUGUCGAGAAAAGGAAGACUUGGUAGAUCUUGUACUGUGCCAUCAUGGAUUGGCUUCUGAAGAGGAUACAGACACUAGCAGCUUGUAUUCAGCACGAUCACAGACUUCUAGUUUUUCUACACAUCCUAUUUCUCUGUCAGGUUCUGUAUCGUCCUCUCAGGGAGACUUCGCACAUAGGCAUGAGAGCACAGGAAAUGAAUUACAGAUACAGGGACAAAGUGAGAGACUCUUGGCAAACCUUGGUGAAGAGGAGGAAAAUGCAGAGCAGACCCCAGGGCAGUCCAGGAAGCGUGCAAGAGCCUCACUAUCUGAUAUUUCAAGCCUGGAUGAUAUUGAAGGGCUAAAUGUUCGCCAGCUGAAGGAAAUACUUGCUCGCAACUUUGUCAACUACUCGGGAUGCUGUGAAAAAUGGGAGCUGGUGGAAAAAGUGAGCAGGCUCUACAGGGAGAAUGAAGCAAAUCACAGGACUUUGGGGGAGAAACCUCAACUGAAUGAUGAGGACGACAACCUCUGCAGGAUCUGCAUGGAUGCAGUGAUUGAUUGCGUGCUUUUGGAGUGCGGCCACAUGGUCACCUGCACAAAAUGCGGCAAGCGAAUGAGCGAAUGUCCCAUCUGCCGACAGUAUGUUGUAAGAGCCGUGCACGUCUUCAAGUCAUGAAUGUGGGAGACCAAAACCAGAGGCUUCUCAGUGCGCUUUCUCUGGGGGUAAGGCACAAACCACGGUAGUUGUGUCUGGAUGCCCCAUGGUAGGCCUCAGUUCCAAUAAUUCAUAGCAUCCUGAACAGAAGCUUAGGAGCCUGACCAAUGUACUUCUGCUCAGGCAGACAGAUGCCUUGUUAAGGAUAGAGCUGUGUUACCUGGAUAAAACCAGAAACUGGUUGAAUCUAACAUGCAGCAGCAAAUCUAGCAUUACUCAUUGCUCUCUUCUGAAGAAUAUCGCACGUUACCCAGUGGAAGGGCCAGGAAGUAGGGUGCUGCCUUUCUAGCAAGCAGCAGGAGUGAUGAUGCCCAAGUGCAUUUAAAAGUAAGUGUACCAUCCCAAGGAAUAGUUAGCUGCAGUCUUUUAAAUGUUAAAUGAAAUGCAAGUGGGCUCUCAAUGUACCACUCACACCCAUCUCAAGCAGACAGAUUGGUGAAUGUUUCUUAUUCAGGCAAUGGGGCUCUAGUCCCAAUUCCACAUGUACCCAAUGAAGCGCAGUAGCCUUAAUCAUAGUACCUAAAGCUACCCUACCCCAUACUUGCUUCUAAGGUGACCCAUUCAGUUUUGAUUAUUCAUAAGUUCUAACAUGUUAGAAAUUUCCUACAAUGAAAUGAGUAUGGAGUAAUAGAACGGCCAAAUAGAAAGGUUUCUUCAGAGAAAACAAAUCCUUAAUAGGAAUCAUGGCUUCCUUUGUUCAGAAGCACUACCAAGUUUACUGAACAGCUAUUUCAGUGUUUUUCUUGCAGAAUACCUUCAUUCCAGUUUCCUAGAAGACAUAGCUAAAGCAUAUCUGGUGGAAAUGAGUAUGGAAAUAUGGAGCUUCAGCUCUAGAAUCAGGUUGAAAUGGUGAAGAAAGAAACACAUUACUCCCAUUCUUGGGGUUGCACAGUACCAAAUACUUUACUAUUAGAACCUUACUGAAUUUGAGCCGUGAGGGGAAAAACCUGAAACAACAUGGCAAUAUUUUGAUAAAAGUCUUUAUCCUCUUCCUAAAGUCCUGCCUCACCUCUGUAGGAAGAAUGGCAAUCCUGUCAGUCUGGCCCAGAAUGUCUUAACAAGGAGUUAAAAAGUUCCUUCGUUGCACAGUAGGCAGGUAUUGCUGUUUUGCUUCUCAAAAGCAGAUAGUGUAAAGCUUGUGCGCACAAGAGUAAAUUUUAAUGUUUGUGGGAACUAAGUAACUGGGAAGGCUCUGAGACUGAGUGGGAUGGAGUACCAUUCAGUCUCCAGCCAAGACAGAAUGUAUGACUUUCAUACUUUAUUUUUCAGAAGGGAGCAAGAUAAUAUGGCUUUAUUUUUAGAAAGAUCUUUUUUAAAGAUAAGGUGCAGAAAAUCAGCUGAUCAAGUCCUUGUUCAGGGAGUACAUACAUAAAGAGAAUGUAGCAUACCCCUAACAUUCUGAACAAUGGCUGUUGACUUAAUAAAACAUUUUGUUAUCUGGCA